CCAACCAUGUCUUCGACGGGAAAGAUCACGCUUAAGAGUUCCGAUGGCGAGGCCUUUGAGGUCGACGAAGCGGUGGCGCCCAAGUCAGAGACGAUCAAGCAAAUGGUCGAGGACGCUAGCACUAACAGCGUCUUCCCUCUCCCCAACGUCACCAGCAAGAUCUUGGCCAAGGUCAUCGAGUAUUGCAAGAAGCACGCGGAGGCUGAGGCGAAUCCCGGCGAGAAGCCAACCGAGGAUGAACUAAGGGCUUGGGAUGCUGAUUUCACCAAGGUCAACCAAGUCAUGCUCUUUGAUCUCAUCUUGGCUGCGAACUAUUUGAACAUCAAGAGCCUACUGGACCUUACGUGCCAGGCUGUAGCAGACUCGAUCAAGGACAAGCAACCAGAGGAGAUUCGGGAGAUCUUUCACAUUGAGAAUGACUACACCCCUGAGGAAGAGGACGAAGUUCGUAAGGCAAACCAAUGGGCAUUUGAAUGA